AUGGUAGUAGUGAGCAUCUGCCUCGCCAUCGAGCAGCAACAGAACAGGUGUGACAAGGAUGGUGAAGGUGACAACGACGAGGAGGAAGAGGGCAGGGAGGAGGAAGACGACGACGAGGAGGACCAGGACGAGGAGCUGGAGCAGGAGCAGGAGCAGGAGCAGGAGCAGGAGGAGAAGGAGGAAGAGGAGGAGGAAGAGGAGGAGGAGGAGGAGGAGGAGGAGGAGGAGGAGGAGGAGGAGGAGGAGGAGGAGGAAAAGGAGGAGGAGGAGGAGGAGGAGGAGGAGGAAGAGGAGGAGGAGGACGAGGAUGAGGAGGAAGACGAGGAGGAGGAGGAGGAGGAGGACAUCGAUAAGAAGCAACCGGACCAGCACAAGCAGCGAAUGGUAGUAGUGAGCAUCUGCCUCGCCAUCGAGCAGCAACAGAACAGGUGUGACAAGGACGGGGAAGGCGACGACGACGAGGAGGAAGAGGGCAGGGAGGAGGAAGACGACGACGAGGAGGACCAGGACGAGGAGCUGGAGCAGGAGCAGGAGCAGGAGGAGAAGGAGGAAGAGGAGGAGGAAGAGGAGGAGGAGGAGGAGGAGGAGGAGGAGGAGGAGGAGGAGGAGGAGGAGGAGGAGGAGGAAAAGGAGGAGGAGGAGGAGGAGGAAGAGGAGGAGGAGGACGAGGAUGAGGAGGAAGACGAGGAGGAGGAGGAGGAGGAGGAGGAGGAGGAGUAG